AUGGUUUCCGAAGUAGAUACUGAAUCAGCAAUCCUUGCCGAUACAGUCUAUAUUCUUACAACACAAAGCCAUAAAGUAUCGCACAAUACUCGAGUUGAGUGGUUCAUUGGCAAUGUUAAUCGGAACUUCAUUUUCCCUUCUGCUGAUGCCGCAGCUGAGUUCCCUGAUUUGCCUAUCCACUCCUCAUCUGCUGACUGGUCCAGUUUAUCGAUCAUUGCCGCUUCUCCUGUUCCUCCUAAAGAUACCCUCAAUUUUCCCCUUGUCUACAGAAUUCAACCAACCACCACAGUCAAAUAUCUCGCCCACUCCUAUCGUAUUACUUUUGUUCUUGAUCUUAGUGAUUCUAUGCUCCAACCCACUCCCUCUGGUCUUUCUGUACUUCACCACGCUGUUUCUGCUAUAGAAACCACACUCUACAAGUUGAUACCGCCUACUUCAAGUCUCCCGCUUCCAUCCUCUGCCUCCCACCUCACGCCUUUCUCGAUUUUUAUCAGUAUUAUUGGAGUGGUUCCAAACAGACAUUCAUUUACUCUAAUUCAUGAUUGGGAGGGAUCUUAUAACGAGAUAAAAACAAUAACCACUACAGUAGCCCAAAGACUCUUUCAAUUGGAAACUGAAAACCUUAUCAAUUCUCAGGAAAGUAGUUCUGGAGAUUCAGCUCUUGUCGAUCUUCUUCGGCACGGAGUUCUAAAUCUGGCCAUGCAAAUGCCUGAUUGGGCCCCUGCCUCACUUAUUAUCGUAUCGGACGCCUGUUUCACAACCCUUGAUAUGGCUGAGUUAGAUCGUUCCUUGGCGCAUCUACGCGCGUCUUCGAUUCGCUGUUCAUUUAUCAUCCCCUCUGCUUACUGUGAAAAAACUGAUUUGAGUUUCUCCCCAAAUGGAUCAUUAAGAAAUCUCCUUAGAUUGAUAUCCUCUAGCCCCUGCAUUCCGCAUAUCGAUUUGUGUCAAUUCAUCGCUCACGCUACCGCCGGAUUUUGUCUUACUGAACAUUCACCAGAAUGGAAAAUGUUGCCGAAUCAAAGUUCUGCUCAAUGGAAUCAAAUUCAUGAACUGCUGUUAGCUCUGCGACUUCAGGAUGAUAUAACAAGCACACCAGAAAAGGAAGGCGAGCUUGGUUGGCUGCCAAUUCAUGAAAUCCAACCUUAUUGUCGAGUUGUGAAUGCUGCAUUGAAUCACGUACUUGCCUCUCGAUUGAAAGAUGGAUACCGGUUACGAGGAGUUUCCAAACAUCUACCCGAUACGACUAAUCAGAAUCUAUUUAAUUCCUCUUAUAUUCAGAUCGAAUUAGCGCUGGCAUGGAAACCAGGCGUCAUUUUUCGGCUCUUUUUGGCUGGAGAAUGGUAUCUCCCAACUGGACAGUUACCCAUUUCCUCAUCAUCUGAUUACCUUCCUAAAUUCAAAUUUCAGAAACCAAGUUUUGGUCACUACUGCGUCACUAAUCUUCGUGUUCGUGCGAACUAUUCCCUUCUCCGUGUAUUCAGCGAACAACGUCGUGAUCAAGUCUCUAGUCCUUACCUAGCAUCAAUUUUGGAGAGAUUUGAUUUCCACUUUCGAUUGCUUAGACAUGUCGAUAAUUAUCUUGAAACUGUCUCAUCGUUUAAUCUCAAUGCUGAUAUCUACACGGUGCCAGUACGCUAUUUGAAUGGUCUCUGCUCAGUAUUCAUCACAGCACAAAAUGCUAGUGGAGGAUCAGAGAUUUAUCUCUCGGGGAAUACGGCCGAGGAAAUGGAACGGGACAAAUCACUCUCUACAUUUGUGCACUACUGGGGUCAGCUUCUUUCUCUCGACAUUGCGAACUGUUAUCGUUGGAUGCAUUCAGAGACAAUCUACGUGGUUCUUGAACAUGAUUCUCCCCUUCCUACGAACUUAUUCAUCCCUCUACAAACUAGAAGAGUGACGGAAACCCUUACAUGCCGUCAGUCACUUGCUAGAAUCCACAGUAUGCUGAAUGAAUGGUCUACUUUUGUUCUCCUUGAGAAUCAUACUUAUAUUCGAUUGGAGUAUCCUAAAGCCGACCGCAUUAGUACUCCAUCUAAACCUACUGACACUGACUUGGGCUUACAUCAUUCUACCUCCCAGUAUAUUCCCCAGUACUUUACUCUCGUUCGGCUGGAAAUGAAACUGCCGGAAGUACGAGUUAGGGUGGCAUUCACUGCAGGAGUUCAAUACGAGUAUCGUCGUGCUACGAUUGAUCAACUCUCCCGACAAUUCAAGUUUCUGAGUUUCCUUCCUCGUGGACGACAAGCGGUCCCUAAAUCUCGACACAAAUCGGGCACACCUGCGCCUCUUCUUCCACCAACUGAAAGCAUACACGUGCCACCACUUCAACGUUCGUGGGGUGAAACACCUUGCUGUCUGGUUUUUGAAUCACAGCUUGAUAGGCUCAUUGUGGAAACGGGUACUUGGGCGACUACCCGUCCGCAGAAUUAUCUUAACACAUCUCUUUCCCCCGCAUCCGACUUUCAGGUUUCAAAAUCCUUCAUGAAGGGAACAGUUGUUGAAGCUAGAUGUGAAGUAGCCCCGUCUUUACUUAGACAGCAUCUUUGCCAUUCUUCCUGCAUCUGGGUUAUUCCUCUUGUUUCAAAGUCUCCUUAUUGCGUAGCCAAAAUGUUUUCAACGCUGAAGAAUCUCCGCAUUCAAGAGGGAUUCCAUUUUGUUCGAAGCGGCCCUCAACCUGGUUUUGUGAGUCUUGCUAGAGAAGUUAUGUUCACUGUGGAUUCGGCUGCAGAAGGUGCUGUUAAGCAGCCUUGUUUAAUCCAGUAUCAGCUCUAUCCUUUUAGACAUAAGUCUAAUUGGAAAAAUCUUUCGAGAGAGGAUGAUGAUGAAACCAUUAAAAUAGCCUGCGAUGCUGUCCAGAAGGUGUUGGAUUUAAAGUUGUCUGACUGUAUUCCCAGAAUGCUUAUUGACCGACUGAAAGCUCUCACUUCUGCCCAAAUAAGCUCAGAGAUACAUAUUGCUACAGAGGUUUGGAUUGAACCUAAACACGGUCGUGCUACAGAUCUCCCCACUGAAGCCCUCUAUAUGGCUAACCUGCCUUAUGAUGGGGUUGUUCAACGGAUUAUGCAAUUAGAUUGCUUCUGUUUGGCUGCUUAUACCACCCUUGAAAAGAUGCUAACAGCUUGUCUACUCAAGAUGAUAGAACUGCAGCGUCUAGCUUCUCCAACACCGGCGGCUGUUCAGUUUGCUACACCACCAACCAGUAGCUCAUCCCCUUCUAGUCCUGCUGCUGAUAUACCUUUCAAUCUUGCUGCUCUGGCUUCUGUUAGUCCCAGAAUGUGUCUUAUGUGUCCUCUUUUAUUAGAUGCUUCUCUUGUCUCUAAUGCCACAGAUACCGUGAGUUAUCCCUUUUCGGAGAAUGUUAUCAAUCGUCUGGUCUUCAAUUUACCUCGAAGGACUCCCUAUAUCACUGCCAUACCUCUCUCCGAUGCACACUGUGACCAAUUCUCACAAUUCUUAAUCUCUCAAGAACAAGAAGAACUUAGACCAAUUUUGAGACGUGCUUUGGCCGAAUCAGGAGCUGUUAAAUGGCAUUGCUUCGCUACAAUUACAAGCUUACUUGAUUCAAUAUCAAGGAAUGGGGGUAGUAAACCAGGUAGCAAGGAUGAGAAUCGAAAUAUUCAUGGUCUACCACAUUUGGAGAACCUUGCUGAAGCCAGCAGUAUUGAAAUCACCUCGUCUCCAGUAGCUUUCUUUGUCCUUCCAUCGAACAUAAAAUGCGCAACAUCUAGGUUCUGUCAGCACCUGAUGAAUAACCUUAGGCAGCGUUUGAAUGGAUCUAGUCGACCUGAGGCCUCAUUUCCUAUCUUCCUUUUCUCCUGCACUCAUACUUAUCUUUCCUUUCCACUGGAUGAUAGAUGGACGUAUAGCUACCCAGAAACGCUGGUUAUUGAUUUCUUCAGACAUAAAACAGAAUUACGAAUAGAGGGUGAACACAACACUCGUUUAAUUCGUCGUGAUGAACUCACGGCCAACCCUCCGCAAAGUUUUCUUUCUUCAGCAAAAGGAAAUCCCCAGCUAACUAAAGAGUUGAUCCUACUUUGGGCGAGACUACGAGACGCUUCCCUGGGCCUGUUGAAUCUCUGUAAUGAAGCUUUUGUUGAAUGUGCUCAUGGAACACUUCUUCAAGGUUUCACGGUCUCUGAGACUGCCCUUAGAAGUGUGCUUCUGUCAGAGCAAUUUUGUUCUUCCCUUACUCCAAUAUCUAUUGAUGCUACAGAUUUCUUGUUCUCCACCUGUUCACACUGCUUUGCAGUAAUGAGGAAUACCAGAGGUUGCACGAGUAGUGGAACUUCUGACAAUUCUAAAUCUGAUAAGAAAGGGGGCCCUGGUGUAUGCGAAAUACGCCCCCAUGAUACAGAAAGGAUAAGAAACCGUCUCAGUAGCGUGUUCAGUCAGUACUUCUCCCCUAUCCCUCAAUUUCCGGGAUAUUAUUACUUCAAAGGCGCCGAAAAGGCUUAUAAGGGAUUUCAUGGUCAAAAAUUACCACCAGUUCACUGUUGUGACACUUGGCCAAUUCCCAUUGCUAAAACAAAUACUCUUGAAGUACCGGGCCAAAACCCAAUUAUCGAUCAUCAUAAAUCUGCUGAAAUGUGUAGUGGCCGACAGGUCAUGUUUUGUACUUCCUCUCGGUCUGGAAGUGACACCGAAGAAGGUAAGAAGCGUCAAAAUUCGGGCAUUUCAUGUGAUAGGACGGAUAUAUUAGGUCCUAUUGAACCAGAGCAAAUUGAGAAACUGGAGGUUAUAUGCAAGAGGCCUCUUUUCAUGAAAGUUAUGAUAAAGUUAAAGUGGGGUGAUGAAGAGGAGAUUAUUUUGCCAAUUGAAAGACUUCCAAUUUGUUUACCAAAUGUGAUUCCUAACUGUGGCCAGAUUAGCCGAGAGAAUGUCCGACUUUCUGUAGUUUUUACCCCGCUCCUCUGGAAACCAGAAGUUGGUGCUUCACACUCCGAAACACUUAUUGAAUCUCCAGAUCAUCAAGAAGUUCAGCCUCCUGUACACCUGGACAGACUUGAAGAGAAGAAUGAAUCUUUGCAUAAUUCAGACAGCUCUGAUAGUGAAGAAAUAUCUAUAUAUAGCGGAGUGGUCGAUGCUAAUUUUAAUUUAAUACACACACUUCCAUCACCACAGAUUCCAACUUCUCGACGAAAUAUUCCUGUGUCGCCAAGCGUAAAUGAAGAAUACGAUGCUCUAGUGCCCUUUCACUGGUGUGAAUGUCAGUUGGAAGUGUCAGAAAGUGAUACUCCAUGUUGUAUCUGCAAAACUACUUGUACAGCUGAGUUUGUUCACUACUUGGAUAAUGAACAGUGGACAUCUAUUCAACAAACUGUCCAAGUCUUCCGCUGGCUUCUCCAAGAUGAAGUUGUGUGUUCCCAGCGUCUCAUUCAACCCCUUAAUGUAUCGACUGUCGAGGCUGUUCUCCAGCACAUGGAGACAACAAAAUGCCUACUCUUGAACAGUGAUCCUGGAACAUCAGCUCAUUCGCCCUUCCAUAUUAGCCACUCACAUGCACGGUUUUCAAAGUCUUGUACGACCGUCAUGGAAAAGGGAGCCUCCUUGGGGGUUUCUGACAUUCUGCAAAAUCUAAUGAGUGCCAUUGCUUGGGAGACAGUGGACUUGGAAUUUAUUUCCCAGUCAGAGAAGUCAAUACCUCGGUUCCUGCAACGUCUUCAGAGUAUGUCUUUCCGCUAUGCUCAGGCUGGACUUGUUGAUACAGGAGAUUACUACGUGGUUUGUAGAGCUGAACCUAUUCCACCUCCACCGUCUGUUAGCAAGGACACUGGACAUACAGAAGUACCCGAGAGACAUGAGGUAUCUACUUCUCCGACAGUUAGGACUCGACGUUAUGGAAUUGUGAAGGAGACUGAUACAGUAUCCGCACAUUCACUCCCUUUGUCAACCAGUCCUCAAUUAGCAAAAGAGGUGGUGGAUAUUAGUGAAGAGAGCGGUGAAUUCGAAUCGGUGGCAUCUAGAACUCGUCGAUUUUCGUCUAACUCUCUGGAGCACCAACAGAACCUACCUGCCUCAACAACCACCACUGAGGACGAAUUCGACGACGCUCGUUUUCUCCUCUCCUCCCAUUUCCCUCCUCAUGAUGCUCUAGAGACGUCUAUCAAUCUGCGGCAAUCGGAAGGCCCCUCCUUACCUGCCUAUUGGCUCAUCUUCCGAGUUGGAAAUGGAUCCAUUCAGGCUUUUUUUCACCACUCGGAUAGUCACAGGGUCACUUCAACUGUUGUCGACUCUUGCCCGCAUUGCAUCGUAUUUCGUCGUGCUCUUGGAGAUAUUGAAUCAAUAGUUCGUCUGGUUAAUCAAUCUCUCUUGCUUGAUCAACUCCUCUUGGAUCGUGUCUGUCAUCCUGCACUUUUGCCAGAACCGGAAGAGCUCCCACGACACCCACCUAGACAUCUUCAGACUUCUCUCCCAUUAUCUCGUAAACGCUCUGGACAUCAUAUGACGCGUUCUCCCAGUCUAGUAGUAUCAGCUUCAUCUGCAACCGAUUCUGAAACUACGGAUUGCCAAUCUGUAGAUAAUAAUAGUCGAAAGAAAUCCUCCUCAUCUGGUGAUCCUACUGUGAUUCCUAUUGACCAUUUCCCGCCAGGAUCCCUUGCUUGUCCUUCCAAGUUCUCCUUCUGUUUGGAAGUCUCUCCACGAGCCGUUAUUGCCGGUGAUAGAGGAAACCAGGUGCUCCCAGAACUUCGUCGCCAUUUGGAGAAUUUUGCAGUGUUAAAUAGGAAAAAUAUGUUUGUUUUUGACUAUGUCGAUCCAAACUCCUCAGAUUCAUUAAGGCUUGCCUUGAAAAAGAGCUUGAUACCGAGGAUAUUCUACAUUAUUUUGCGCGAGUUUCCGGCUUUUGAGACGUCUGGACAUCGAUGUGGUCAUUCAGAAAGAAAGGAAAGUCUUCCCGCUCCCAUUACUGCUAGUAGAAUUCAACUCCAAGUAACACUGCAUGGAAUUUCUUCACCUUGUCGACAAUUCUGUACCUUUGUGAAAUCUCUUCUUCAAUCCUUGCUGGAUAAGAUUAUUCUAGAAUAUCUUCAACAAGCUCUCUCACGAACAGUUCUCUUCCGUUUUGCCUCGUAUGAUUUUGACUUCCUCUUCAUCAGACGAACCCACGUUACGCGUCAUCAGCUCUAUUUCACUCUUCCAAAAUUCCUUCUGAACAGCUCAAUUAUUCCACAUAUUCCUGAGGGCUCACUUGUGCUGCCCUUCUGUCAGUACCUUAAGCAGAACCUUUUAACUUGUAUGACAGCUGCAAAGCCUGAAAAAGAAGUCCUUCCAUCUUUGAGGAAUCGUUUUGGUUGUGGAGAAGUGAUGCUCUAUCAUCGAAGAAGGAAUGUAGGAACUGCGAAGUUUGGUCUCGUUACUGCUCUCGUUGAUCUUCUGCGAGGAGAUAAGUAUGAUCCCUACUGCAUCACGUCCUGUCUUGAUUUACAAGAGUGGUUACAUCGUAAAAGGAUCGGGGAGGAUCUCUAUCCACUUGUGAGUGUUGAAGAAAUGACAGAAUUCCUGAAGGAUAUCGAGUUAUCACAGUCUGCUUUCCCAGAAUCUCCUGAUCGUUUGUUAGUGCGGCUACGGCUCUGGGUUCGCGAAGAGGUUGACUUAAAACUCCUAAAUCAUAAACUCUUUUUAGCUAUUCAGAAUGCUCUCUACGACCUUCUAAUGGAGUAUCUGGUCCUCAGUCUUCCAGCUUGUAUUAUUGAAGUUCCUGUCCUCCAGAAUCGGUUGUCUGAGCCAGCUCCUAACUCCGUGCCAAAAUCUGGACCUCAUCUAUUUACUAACGACCUCAUUCGGCUGCCUACUUUCGUGUCACAAUCUCUUCUACCGUGGUUUGAAGUCGCUUCCUCUUUACAAUUACCCCUCGUAAUUGAGCGCCGAUUGCAGUUAGCUUCCUUGCAGAGUGUUGAGUUGCUUGUUGGGGAGUUGGUCACUCAAUUAAAUUCUCUUGUUGAAUCACGAGUCGGGCUUCCUUCAAGCCACCUUAAAUGUCCACUUCAUUCGACAAAACCCGGUGAUGGUAGAACUAGGUCUGCAAAUUCUCAACCACAACAAGGCUCAAGUUCAACCACCUGCCCCUGUCAACAAUGCAUCAACUUCUUUGCCUUUGUGGCAGGCAAGAGUGAAUGGUUGAAUUUCUCCAAGGCUCAAUCCUUCAAUCAGAAGCAUAUUUCAUUUGGUCAACAGAGGGAAUUUCUGAUUGUUGGGAAAAAUUAUGCAACUUGCCGAUAUCAGCGUGCUUUGAAUAGGUUUCCUUCGAGUGGUUUGAAUUUGAACGCGACUUCGGCAAGUGAUGAAGAUCAACGUGUUCAUGUUAAAUAUGUCGCUUCAUGGUCUGUUCUAAGUCCGCUCCAAAGACACCAAAGUCUUGAAAUCAAGGUUCAACAAGUACCUGAUGAAACAACCCUCGAAGCUCUCCCGGUUUCAGAGGAGUCUUCAAGUGAUCAAACAUUGAAUCCCAUCGUAUCUCCGAAUGCACCAAUGGAUAUUCCUGAGUUCUGUGAGAUGCAGCUUCGUUUGCCCAAGUUCCUUUUCCAUCAACAGAAGUCGUCAUGUGCUGCAUCAAUUAGAGAAUCAACAGAUGAUCGAAGUAGUCAACAGUGUCAGCCAACUGUCUGCCUUCAGGUCCCUAGACAGACCCUCUGUGUGAUACACUUUCAAGGAAGAGAAGUUCGAGUAAAUCUUUACAACUGGAGCCGAGAUGAUGCUGAUCGUCUAUUACAUCGUAUUGAAACUCUUAUCCUGUGGUAUAAUCAACGCUUUCAGUUGUUGGAUUGCGUGUCUCUACAAAAGACAGGUCUAUUCCAUUGCCUCAGAACGCCAUCUCAUCUCCACUUGCUGGGACAAGCAAAUCAACUCAGUAACAGACUCGCUCCUGCCGAGUUGUCUCCUUCAAUAUCAUCUACGCCAGCUUCAAUUCAAACUGUACCCAUGACUGCUUCCACAUCCUCAAUGAACAUUCGUCGCAAGUUUUUAGAAGGUCUGGUCGGGUCUGGAGCAGCACCUCUUCAGCAACAACCUCCCAGCGAGGCUCCAAAUUCCACUCCUAUGACGACGCAGAAUGUAAUAGCCUCUUCAGCGAUGUUGAGUUCCCCUGCUACGCCAAUUGGUGAAGUGACUGCGCCUUCGGGACAGCAUGGGAUGUCUCAUCCGCAACAAGAGCGUCUUCGGGUUGUUGGGGUUAAUUCCAAGGAAUUGAGGGACUUUAAUCUCACUCGAAUCUAUCAGAACUGUGCCCGAGUUCCAGUUCUCGGAACACUUGCCUCCUCCAACUCUCCAGUCGAAUUCCUUGAUGUUGUACACCUCCAUGUUGAUCAGGCUCUACGCGCCAUUAGGAACGAUCGUACCCAAGCAGAGGAACUCCGUCUUAUUACUGCGCCUCUGAAAGUGUGGAUGGCUGGUGACGUUUUCGAUGUGGAUAGUUAUAACUCCUCAAUGCAGGCAAUCGAUUCUCCCAAGACACAUCCUACACCAGCUACAACUUUCUACACCGCGGUGAAACGAUACAGCCGAACCCUUCACACAGUGUGUUCGCCUAUUCUCUUUUGUCCAUGCUCUAGAUUAGAUGCUCUGAAGCUGCGAGAAUUGGAAGAGGUGGGCUUAAAACGAAAGGAUAUAUCUGAGGAAGAAUCAGAGCACUCCAACUUACCUCUCACAAGAAAUGAGAAUCCUUUUGCAAGCAUAGAAGAGCAACAACAACUAUCCACACGACUGAGAACUCUUUCUAAAAUAUCCUCAGCUGCUUCGCCUGUGGCUUCUCGAGAGAUUCCCCCGUGGAUGCAAGAAGCUACGGACUGUCUACUGCAGGAAUUUAUUACUUACAUGACAAUUCAAAUGCAGUUCUCGGUUAUUUACUCAACACUGGAUUCGGAUGUUAAUAAUUUGGAGCAACCCUACGCAUUGUUGCAAAGGUCUGUGAAGAUGGCUGGAGUUCAUCUGAUUGAGGUUUUCAUCCGCGACUGUCUUUUUUGCGUCCGCUUAAAGGCCAUUGAGUUGUGUCGUCUGACACGCGCCGCCACCCGGGCCAUUUUAACCGGGCCCCUGGCAGCUGAUCUCUUUGGUCGCGCAGCAGCUGUAGCCGCUGUGAAAAUCACCUCUGGAAUAGUUAAUCCAAUUAUCGCCAAUCCCUCAUCCUCCUCUUCCACUUCGUCGCCAGUUGUUCCUCGCAGUCCCUGCGUUGUCAAAUGGGAGGAAUCUAGUCGUCUAUGUGAUUGUGUCCACCUCCACUCAUUUCUCUAUGACUUCUACCUGCGCAAUGUGGAUAGCUUCCUUAGACUCCAAUCCGAUCUCAUCGGUCAACGAAUGCAGGUACCCACAUUAGCAUGGGCUCUACCCCAAACAACUAAAUUAACCUCAAGAAGGUCGACGUUUAGCUAUGGAGGAAACAGUACAGGAUUCGUGUUUGGGGGAACUGGAGGAAGUUUCAGUGUUGCACGACAUCCCUUCUUGCCUGCCAACUAUCCCAUUGUUGCCUUUCUACGUGAUUUGCUUCAAAUUAUCUCUCAACCGCCGGUCUUUGCUAGGGGUGCUUUGGCUCACAUUCCAAUGUGCUUGACGUCGGAUACGAGGAUUAAAUCCGAGCAGAUAUUCGAACACCUUAUUGAUUCAAGACAAAUCUAUGGAUUUAAGGCUUUUGAUCUCGGAAUCAACUCCUCUCUUCCUACUCACGCUCGGUUCGGUUUCUGCGCAUUCACCUCUCCGAAGUCGAGCAGCUACGCAGAGGAAGAGCGCCAAACUUCCCAGCAAAAGCAUCAGCUAGGAAUGUACCACCGUCAUUCGGGUUGUGAUAUGGAAGAGGAAGACGAUCAUGCAAGCUCUCCAGAAUUUUUAACCCAUCAUUCUCCCGAAUCUCAGACAGCCACUCCUGCCCACACUUCAGAUAAAACUGAUUUAAUGGAGGAGCAGGACAUGACGACGACUGCUGAUGAUCGCGCGUCCACUGAAAUGUCCUCUCCUCCUAUUUCCUCCACCCAACACAAACAAUCGGCAAUGCCUCGGGCGGGAGAUCAACUCCGUCUUCCCUCCUUGAAACACUUUGCCCUGGCGUGUGCUGCCUGCUUGGACCAGCACGCACCGGCUGCACAAAAGAAGAUGACUUCGACAGCUUCCCAAGAUAGUGGACGUGUGGAAGGCACUGGAGGUGAAGAGGCAUCCAGUAAAAUAGUCAUCUCGGUUUUUGUGAUUCUAACGGAUCAGUAUAGGCGGUUUCCGAGACCCAGGCUCUCUUCUCUCCAGUAUGGCACAGAUGACGUAAGUUGUGUCGAAUUGCCUUCAAAUCUCUCUUUACCUUUGUUAACUUUUAUGUUCGGCAUGAAAUCAUACGUUCAUCUAAUAUCGAUGAUAGCAGUAUGA